UGGCAUGUGGGAGUGUCCAGCGCCUUAACCACCAAUCCACCUACUGGUCCCCCAGACUCUGUAACUGCUGCUGGCCACCCGCAUGUUCUCACUAGCACCCCAAAUUCAGCAUAUCCAAACUGGUCUGAAACUCGGGAGUCAUCCUAAACCGGAGUAUUCCCUACCUCAUCUAAGUAGUUGCCAACUCUUCACCGAGCCUACCCAGUACUAUAUAGGAGCUUAAUCUCCUUUUCUCUUUCCUACUGCUGUUUCUGGGUCAUUAAUUCAAGCAAAUUUAACACGUUAGAGCACUAUUAUACACUGAGCAUGGUACUGGGCUCUGUGGACACACUCCCUAGGCUAGAGACAAAAGAGGCCGCAGUUUCCUGCACCGCUCCACCACGGCGGUGAGCCGAGCACACGUCUCGGUCCCCGGCUGAAACCCGCGGUAGUUCGCCCAGGCCCACAGGAUGCGGUCGAAACUCAGAACUCGGUAACUAAAGCUCUUGCCCGCUCAGCAGCAGCCACUCCAAACUGAACCACGGUGACGCCCGCCGCUUCACCUUUGCCACUGAGGUGUGUACACUGGGUAACUCCAGGCUGCCACCUUCUAAGGCCAAAUUCCUCAUCCUUCAGACGGCUCCGCUCGCCCGUCGGCUGUCUUCGUCCCCAUGAGGCGUGCCCCUGCCUGGAGCGUAACAGCGGAGACGAAGCGCGUGUGUCCUCACUGCGCUGCUCCAGGACCGCCAAGGCGUCCUGUCUCCCAGGCGGGACUGCGGCGCGGCCCCCGGGCACGUUCCCGCAGGCCCCGCCCCGGCGGCGUGCGCGGCUCCGCGGACUCGGCGCGCUCCCGGCAUGAGCGCCAUCUUGGCCUGGGGUCCGGUGCCGGGCGGCUGCGGAGGCGACUGGAGACCCGGACAGUCGAGGCGGGCCAGGGGAUCCUGGGAGAUUCUCCGCGUCGAACCUCUGCUCCCGAGUUUCUGAGGGGCCUGGAUUGAUGCAGAUCAAUCCUGGAUGAGGCCACCUGGCCCCUGUUAGGAAGCUGGGGAUGAAGGGCAUGAGCCUUACCUGGGAAGUCGAGCAGGCACACGACCGCAAGCAGGAUGGAGCACUACCGGAAAGCUGGCUCUGUAGAGCUCCCAGCACCUUCCCCAGUGCCCCAGCUACCUCCUGAUACCCUGGAGAUGCGGGUCCGAGAUGGCAGCAAAAUUCGCAAUCUACUGGGGCUGGCGCUGGGUCGAUUGGAGGGCGGCAGUGCCCGACAUGUGGUGUUCUCAGGUUCUGGCCGGGCUGCUGGGAAAGCGGUCAGCUGUGCUGAGAUUGUCAAGCGGCGGGUCCCAGGCCUGCACCAGCUCACCAAGCUUCGUUUUCUGCAGACUGAGGAUAGCUGGGUUCCAAACUCACCAGACACAGGCCUAGAUCCCCUCACAGUGCGACGCCAUGUGCCUGCAGUGUGGGUACUGCUCAGCCGUGACCCCUUGGACCCCAACGAGUAUGGCUACCAGCCCCCAGGGGCACCCCCUGGCCUGGGCUCCAUACCCAGCUCCAGCUCUGGACCCCGACCUCGAAGAAGGGCCCGAGACACCCGGUCCUGAAGACCUGCUGAGCCAGGCUGUUCUCCAAGCUUGAAUGUCUGGGAUGACUGUGCCUUCUCUGAGAAGCCUCUGACUGUCCAACAUCCCUCACAAGACUGGAGGCCACAUAACUGGGCCUCCCUUACUGCUUCCCCUUUCCUCAGGAAUGUGGGAAGGGAUUGCCACAAAGAGUGUCAGCAUGGGGUCUCUGCCAAAUUCUGGAUUGCUUUAAAAGGGCUUACUCUAACUUCUACCGAAAAUGUGUCUGAUCUGCCUUCUGACAGAGGUCUAAGGAGGGAGUUAGAAAAUAAAGAUUCUGCCCAUUUGUCUGAUGA